ACUGAAGGAGAAAAAGGAAGUUACUACGGCUCCUAGGAGAGACUUACCCAAUACUGCAGACAACCUUCCGCGCUUCAGCGUCUGUUGAGAGAGGAUGGGUUCUACAACAACGCUACGACAUACAUGGGCGUGUGGUGGAGUGUUGAUCAGGAAGCUGCAUACCCUCAACCUGGAUUCAGCCCUCUACGGCCGAUUGUAUCCGGGCCACAUUCAGACGAAUGCUGUUCAAAAAGCCCUGCUGGCUGUGGGGUCAGGAGUUGCUGCUCUACAAAAUCCCUAUAGGCAUGACAUGGUGGCAGUACUCGGAGAAACAACAGGGCAUCUUGCAUUGUUAAAACUAAAGCACAGGAUGAGUAAGGACCCUGAAGGUCACACCGUUCUCACAGAGCGACCGAGGAUACGCCUGUCCACUCUGGACCUUUCCCGGAUGUCAACACUUCCAGACGGCUCAUUAGGGAGGGAAUAUCUACGUUUUCUGGAAGUCAAUAACGUCACCCCGGACACACGUGCAGAUGUUAAAUUUGUCGAUGACGAAGAGCUAGCAUAUGUCAUGCAGCGCUACAGAGAAGUGCACGAUUUAAUACAUACAUUACUAGGAAUGCCUACUAAUAUGCUCGGAGAAGUAGCUGUUAAAGUUUUCGAGGCUGCUCAGACGGGUCUGCCCAUGUGCAUUAUGGGAGCCGUCCUUGGUCCGCUUCGGCUAUCAAAGAGUCACAUGCAGAAGCUGGUGCAGUCUCUCGGGCCGUGGGCUCUGCGAAACGGCAGUCGCGCACGCUGCCUGUUGAGCGUUUUCUACGAGCGCCACUGGGAUCAGAACCUGGAGGAACUCCGAAAGGAGCUGAACAUCGAGCCGCCACCCCUCAUCAUGCCAGCAAAGAGCAAGAAAGCAGCCUCCUAGCAGGAUUUCUCUAUUAAUGACGGAAAGAUUACUGUUUGAGAAGAGGAUCGUGGGCGUGAUUAAUGCUGUGAUUAUUUUAUCUCACUCAGAGAGUGUUUAUAUGAUGUGAGUUGGAUUAAAGUGAUCGGGUGAUUGCAGUGCCUUGGUACUAAUAGUGCAAGAAUUUUCAGCACGACGGGAAAAAUCAACUAGCUUUGGGUACAAAUGGUUCAUUGUGCAUGUGCACGUGAGGACUGUUUCAGGUGGAAGAGAGAAAUGAGAAGCUGUGGUUAGGUGUGCUAGACUGUAAGGUCUGAGUUUGUGGAUUCUACAUACUGUAUUGCUGCAUUAUUGGAAUGUUGGGUAAAAGUCCAUCAAAUCUCUUGUCUGACUCACCAUGAGACUUUUUGUACUGUGAAAUUUCCUUACUCACUUACCGAAAAUUUCACACAUUUACUGUUGCAACAGGAUCAGUGUCUGCCUUUGGCAGUUACAUCCCAAUGCUUUAGACAUUUCCUGUUUCCUGACAAAUAUACAUCUUUGUGCUUUCCCAUAAUCAACACUCAUACUCAGGAAAUGUUGGAGCCAUAUGUCUGUGAAUAGUCUAGUUUAGCCCCCCGUCACAUAUUAUGCUGAGAUACUGGAAUAAAACACAAUGAGUGAUAUUCACUGUAGCCACAGCUUUUAUAUAUAUGAACAGUGUGAUUAAGUACGAUUAGCAAGAGUUGCUUAAAGGUGCAUUAGGUAAGAUUAGUAGAACAAAAAGUCUCUCACGGUUUAAAUGGGUUGGGUUGAAUAGGAACUAAAUGCUCAAACUUUUUGCCCCAUUUUCAACCAUGUACACACACCUGUACCCCAAAACUGGAGUUAAAUCACUGCAUGCUAACUAGAGUUAUCGUUAGCAAGGGCUGUUAAUAAACAGAUUACAACUCAAUUAACCUCAGAUUCUCAUUACGAUUGAGGAGGGUGUAAAGGGUCGUUGGGGUGUGUCUAAAAACGAAACGACUGACAUGAUGCUAAUUCAAUUAGAAACAUAUUUUUCUGGACCAGAAAUCAGGGUAAUAAAGUGGGGUGUUUUUUUUUUUUUUCCAUCUAAGUAAUGUAUUUGUUCUGAGAUAAUGGAAUAAAGUAUUUUUUAGCAUUUCUGUAUAAAUGUUCCAAUUA